AUGGUGCGCCGUGGCAAGCCUGCAGCGCGCGGCCGCGCGCCGCAAAGGCCGCAGUACGAGGAGGAAAGCGAGGAGGAGCAGCAGGUGCGCAUGCCCAAGUUCCUCGACGACUCGGACGAGGACCAGGGGUUCGACGGCGAGGACGAGGAAAUCGACUCGGACGAGGCGUUUGGCGAGGACGAGGAGGACCUCGCGAUCGAAAAGGACACGGCGCGGGGGGACACGCCGGACGACUUUGAGGAAGAUGAGGGCGACGACCUCGUCGCACUCAGUAACCUCUUGGACGGCGGCGAGGACGUGCACUACCCGUCGGACAGCGACGAGGACGAGGAGUACGACGACGAGGACCUCGACGAGGACCUCGCGGAACUCGUCGCACAGCGCACCAAGCGCGCCGCCGACGACGCAGAAGCACUCCCUCAGAAGCGCUCGCGCAAGGCGGAACGCAACGAAGUCCUCCCAGAGGGCUCGGACGCGGCCGGCGGACCGGCCAAGCUCCGCCUCGAGGACCUCGUGUCGAACCUCGGCCAGGACGCGCGUGUCUCGUCGGAAGUGCGCGCACUCCAACAGGCCAAUGCGCGGGGGCAGCCCGUCGCGUCCAAGCGGGGCGGCGGCGCGCUGCAUGCGCCGCUGCCAGGCAUCCAGCAGGACCGUCUCGACCGCCAGGCGGCCUAUGCGCUCUCGCGCGAGGAAGCCCAGGGCUGGGCACCGACCAUCAAGCGCCUGCGCGAGGCAGAGCACCUCUCGUUUCCGCUGCAAAAGCCGGCGCAGCCCGCCGCGCCGAGCAACGCGGGGCUCACUGCCUCCUUCACGCCGUCGACUGACAUGGAAAAGGACGUGGCGGCGCUCCUCGAGUCGGGCGGCCUCACAGAGAAGCAGAUCGCCGAGCAGGAGGGCCUCGCUAUGAAGAACAUGGACCCUGCCGAGGUCCAGGCCCGCCAGGCGGAGCUCCGCCGGAUGCGCGAGCUCAUGUUCCGCAUGGAGCAAAAAGCACGCCGCGCCAACAAGAUCAAGAGCAAGACAUACCGCCGCGUGCACCGCCGCGAGCGUGAGCGCCUCGCGCAACAGAUGGCCGCCGCCCAGGACCUCGAAGACGACGACGAGGGCGAGGACGAGGCGUCGCUCAAGGCCGCUCAGGAGCGCGCCAAGGAACGCGCGACGCUCCGCCACAAGAACACGGGCAAGUGGGCCAAGUCGCACCUCGGCCGCAACGACGACGCGUCGCAGGAAGCGCGCCUUGCUAUUGAAGAGCAGCUGCAGCGUGGCGACGCGCUGCGCCGCCGCAUCCACGUCGACGACUCGGACGAGGACGAGGACGACUUUGAGGAUACCAACGCGUCGCGCGACGCUGCGUUCGACGAGCUCGAGGAGUACGCACAACGCGAGCGCGCACGCGAUGCACAGACUGAGGCCGAGAUGGAAAGGGCAGGCAAGCCCGGCAAGAACGUCUUUCAGAUGAAGUUUAUGAAGGACGCACGCGACCGGCAGCGGCGCGAGGCCGACGACUCGAUCAAUGAGCUGCGCUCUGCGAUCGUCGAGGAGGACGACGAGGAGGACGACGAGACGAUCCAGCGCGUCGGCCGCACGGGGCGCGCCGUGUACGGCUCCGGCGCGAUUUCCUCGGACGCGGUGCCGACCCGCCCGGCGGCGAGCCACAACGCGCCGAAGCGCACCGCAAGCCAGCCAGCCGAGCGCCCGGCUGGCGACGCUCCCGAGCGCGCUGCGCAUCCCUCUUCUUCGGAAGCCAACCCGUGGCUGACGGGCGAGGCGUCGUCCGCCCUCUCCAAGAAGCAGAAUAGCGUGCUGGUCGGCAAGGACAGCGGCGCGGCGACGCGCGCGGCCCACCGCCAGUCCCGCCACGCCGCACGCGGCGCCGAGGCACGCGACGCCGCGGCCGACGAUGCCACGCUCGAUAUCGACCCCUCGACGCACAUGGAGCGCGCCGAGGACUCGGACGAGAGCGCGAGCGAGAUGGUCGAAGUGACCAAGCACAGCCGCGGCAAGCGUGGACGCGGCAAGCGGGCUUCGACGCUGAUGCCGAUGCAGCAGCGCGACCUCGUCGCCGAGGCGUUUGCGGGCGACGACGUGACACUUGACUUUGCGCGUGAGAAGCAGCGUGCGGUUCGCCAGGACGCGCCGCGCGAAGAGUCCACCGAGCUCCCGGGCUGGGGCGCAUGGGGCGGCAAAGGCGCGCGCCGCAAACCCAAGAAGCACGAGCACGUUCGCAAGCUGCCUGGCCUGGAUCCCACGCAGCGCAAGGACCGCGCUAUGGACAAUGUGAUUAUCAACGAGCGCCUCGACAAGAAGGCGGCCAAGUACAAGGCCAAGGACCUGCCUUUCCCUUACACGAGCGCGAGCCAGUACGAGGCAGCGAUGCGCCAGCCGAUUGGCUCGGAGUGGAACACACGGACGCAGCACCAGCGCCUGACGCUGCCGCGCGUCACGACCAAGAUGGGCCAGCGCAUCGACCCGAUUCAGCGCAAAUUCUAA